CAACAAAGAGAAUAGCAAAAAUGGCUAAGUAUUUUCCUGAAUUAAUUUCAUAUCUUGAUUCUAUGAAGAGUUAUUCUAUGUGUGAAGGGCAUUAUAACUGGCAAUCCUCUGAAAAAACCUUUGUCGAUUUUGGCACUCAGGUUGAUUUGCCUGAUUUGUCUGAAAAAACCUUCGUCGAUUUUGGUAUUCAGAUUGAUUUGCUUGAAAAAAUUUUUGUCAAUUUUGGUGCUCAAGUUGAUUUAGCUAAAAAAACUUGUAUUGACUUUGGAUCUCAAGCAUUAUUUUCAGAUCCAAUUUGUAAAAUUCUUCAAAGAAGAAUUGAUGAGUUAGAAGAAAAUAAUAAGCAAUUAUUAAGUAAAAAUGAG